GAGCAGGCCCCUUCCUUGGGCGCCCACGGUGUUGAUUAUUUAAUUACUAUAUAAAUAGAUAUGGGCGUUGGGAAAUCGCAAACAGUAAACUUUCUUCCUCCAGACCAUCUAUAGGUGUAUCGCAAUGAAGUUUACGAUACUAGCUGCAUCCCUGGCCGUGGUGUGUACCGUAGCCCUAGCAUCAGAAUCCGACAGCAAACCACCAAUUACGGAUCACGACGAUUACACUGGCGACGACGGACAGCUCGAGCAGACUCCGGCCGAGGACCGGCAAUGGCCGGCGACCGUACGGAAGGUAGAGAAACGCCACACCGGUAAGAAGAUUCACAUUUUUCUCGGAAAAUCCGGCAAAAGUAAGAAAGCGAGCAAGAAACAAGCGGAUAGUGACGGAGCCGAAACACAAACGCGUAAGACACCGGAGUUGACCACACGCUCGGAUAAAGCUGAGGAUCUAGCCGCUUCGGCAACAUCGGACGCCCCAGACGCUGCUGUUGGCGAAAGUCAGGUCUAUGAAGUUCCCGAGCACAACAUCGUGAAGGAGAAGAUCAAAAUCAAACACCACCAUCAUCAUCACCAUCAUAACCAUGUGAAAACGGUGGUAAAGAAAGAACCCUACCCGGUUGAGAAGGUUGUACAGGUUCCUGUGGAGAAAAUCGUUCACGUCCCGAAACCAUACCCAGUGGAAAAGGUUGUGGAGAAGGUUGUCCACGUGCCUGUUGAAAAGAUCGUUCAUGUUCCGAAGCCCUACCCGGUUGAAAAAAUUGUUGAGAAGAUUGUGCAUGUCCCAAAGCCCUACCCGGUGGAGAAGAUUGUCGAGAAACCCAUUCAUAUAGCAAAACCAUAUCCUGUUGAAGUGAAAGUUCCAUAUCCAGUUGAGAAAAUCGUUCACGUUGACAAGCCGUACCCAGUGGAAAAGAUAGUUGAAAAGGUGGUUCAUGUGCCAAAGCCUUAUCCUGUAUAUAAACAGGUUCCUGUACCAUAUGAAGUGAAGGUCCCAUAUGAGGUUCCUAAGCCAGUACCAUACCCAGUUGAGAAAAAGGUUCCCUAUCCAGUAGAGGUAAAGGUACCCGUCGAAGUGGAACGAAAAGUCCCAGUACCAGUGAAGGUAGAGGUUGAGAAGAAAGUUCCAGUGCCUGUUAAAGUUUACGUUCCAUACGAGAAAAGGGUACCAUAUCCAGUACCAGUGAAAGCCUCUUCAUAUCCAUUCUCAUAUGAUAAAGAAGGUGAAUUUUAUGGAGCAAAACAGGAACAAGACGAAUCUCAGCACCACGAAGUGAAGCAUUACGGUGACGAAUACUCCAAUGGAGAGGAAGGAUAUAGGAGAGCAACCAAAACAACAUACAAGAAAACUAAACCGAAAAAGACUAAGAAAAAUGAGUCGACCAGACAACAACAAGAACAAGCCCAGCAACAAGCGACACCAGUAACCGAAGAUACUCACGGUCAUCAAUCGGGAUUGGGUUCUUUUUCUUCUGCUGUAAGCUCGGAUAGCUCACAGCAUCAUCAACAUGGUGCUCACUAUUCCCACACAACUAUCUUUACGCAUCCACCUUCACAAGCUCACAGCAACAUACAACAGCAAGCUCAUCAAGAACAACCCCAUCAACAGCAAUCUCACCAACAGCAGCAGUCCCACCAACAGCAGUCUAAUCAACAUCAGGAUCAGCAGCAAUACAAUAGUCAGGAAAGUACCAACUACUUUAACCAACAGCUAGUGCAAUACAAUCAACAACCACGGUACGGACCGGCGACGUUCAUGCAGCAAAACGACUAUCAAGGCCAGGUCGCGAACAGCGACAAUCAAUACAGACACGUAGACCACUACGGAGCUGGUACAACCCAGCGGGAAGUGAUAGUAACCCCGCCUUCAUCUCUAGCUGCCCAAUUUGGUUUCGAAGUACAGCAGCAUGAUAUGCCUCAAGCGUUCGCUCUGACUGCUCCAUCCAAUCAAGAGAAUACUAUGCAGCUGGAGUCACAACCCCAUUCGUUCCAGCUGGUUCAUUUGUCGCCAUUCCAGUAUCAAAGUCCGGCCGGGUUUUCUCUGCCUAACUCGAGAUGAAGGGCUCCGCUCGGAACCGAUAGGACGUUCCUAACAAGACUGUAGAACCAAAACAUCCCGCUGCAUGGUUACCAGGUCCGGUGGAUAUUCGCUCCAUCAAUAUUAUUUAUAGGCAUCCAUAAGUAGCAGUUCCCGAAAACAGAAGAAUCUAUUUUUGUGAAAUAGAAUUUUUAACAUUAUUUUAGUGUUUGAAUUUUGUACGAAGUCUGUCGAUUCUUCCGCUCUAAUGAAAUGAUGAAUACCCGGAAGCCGGCAUGAAUCUUUUAUAAUAUGAUUAAUAAGAUACCAAAGCUCAUUAUCAAUAUAAGCGUGACAUUUAGACGAUUUUCUUUUCUCAGCAUAACCAUCCCCGCAAAACAUGUACCUAUUGGAAAGAUUAAUGUUAGCAAUUUUGCAGAAAUAAAAAAAGAAAACUCAUAACUCUUUUUACCAGACUGCGGCUGCGAAGUAAUGCUCCAAUGGGAACAGAAAAUCUAAUAUCAAUUGCUCUUUUAUAUUGUAAAUAUAUUUCCUUCUAUUGAAGAAAUUGUUUGUGGUAAGGCACAUUGAUGCUAAUAAUUGCAAAUACACACGAGUAUCGAAAAACAAUUAAA